AUGGAGACAUUGGAGGAGGAGGACCUUCCACUUUUUAAACUUCCUGACUCCUCCCGCCAGCGCACGACUGUGGAGACAUUGGAGGAGGAGGACCUGCGACUUCCAAGACCUGCCACUCUCCUGGAGACAUUGGAGGUGGAGUUCCUGCCACUCUCAAGUCUUCCCGACUCUUCCCGACGGACCUGCCACUCUCAAGUCUUCCCGACUCUUCCUGCCGGCGGAAGAGGACCUGCCACUCUCAAGUCUUCCCAACUCUUCCCACCGGCGUCAGUCCGUGGUGACAUUAGUGGUGGAGGACCUGCAUCUCCCAAGUCGUCCCGACUCUUCCCGUUGGACGUGCCACUCGCAAGUCUUCCCGACUCUUCCCGCCGGCGCCCGGCCGUGGAGACAUUGGAGGUGGAGGACAUGCCACUCCCUAGUCUUCCCGACUCUUCCCGCCGACGCCCGUCCGUGGAGACAUUGGAGGUGGAGGACCUGCCACUUUCAGGUCUUACCGACUCUUCCCGCAGGCGGUGGAGGACCUGCCACUCCCAAGUCUUCCCAACUCUUCCCGCCGGCAGUGGAGGACCUGCCACUCUCAAGUCUUCCCGACUCUUUCCGCCAUACCUGCCACUUGCAAAGUCUUCUCGCCUACGCUCGGCCGUAGAGACAUUGGAGGUGGAGGACCUGCCACUAUCAAGUCUUCCUGACUCUUCCCGCCGGACCUGCCGCUCUCGAGUCUUCCCGACUCUUCCCCGCCGGCGCUUGGCCGUGGAGACACCGGAGGUGGACAACCUGCCACUCUCCUGGAUGCAUGGGAGGUGGAGGACCUGCCACUCUCGAGUCUUCCCGGCUCUUCCCGCUGGACCUGCCGCUCCCCGGUCUUCCCGACUCUCCCCGCCCGCGCCCGGCCGUGGAGACACCGGAGGCGGAGGACCUGCCGCUCCCGAGUCUUCCCGGCUCUUCCCCGCCGGCGCUUGGCCGUGGAGACACCGGAGGUGGACAACCUGCCACUCUCCUGGAUGCAUGGGAGGUGGAGGACCUGCCACUCUCGAGUCUUCCCGGCUCUUCCCGCUGGACCUGCCGCUCCCCGGUCUUCCCGACUCUCCCCGCCCGCGCCCGGCCGUGGAGACACCGGAGGCGGAGGACCUGCCGCUCCCCGGUCUUCCCGACUCUCCCCGCCCGCGCCCGGCCGUGGAGACACCGGAGGCGGAGGACCUGCCGCUCCCCGGUCUUCCCGACUCUCCCCGCCCGCGCCCGGCCGUGGAGACACCGGAGGCGGAGGACCUGCCGCUCCCCGGUCUUCCCGACUCUCCCCGCCCGCGCCCGGCCGUGGAGACACCGGAGGCGGAGGACCUGCCGCUCCCCGGUCUUCCCGACUCUUCCCGCCGGAGCUGA